GAUUUCGUCAUUGAUAAUGCAAUAAUUCAACUUUUUCUAAAAAUUAAUUAAUUUUCGCUGUUUACUUCACUCAUUAAUCUUUCCAUUUCCUAAAGAAUCUAAUGAUUUAUGCUAAACACUCUUCUUCCAUCUUGUGUUUUCGUUAACGUUCCAUUUUCUCGGUUAAUUUCGCAAGCUUCGUCGCUGUUUUGACAUUCAUGAAACUUUUACCCUUUGAACCGAUUACAUUAGUAAUUAUCGUGGACCAAAAUACAAAUUAAUUACUACGUCGUGUGCUUAGUUCGUCGUGUUUCAAGAUGGGUAACAGAUCAUCACUUCUACUUCGAGAUGAAGAAAUCGCUCAGAUUCAAGAUGAAACUGGAUUUACACCAAAUCAAAUAGAACGUUUAUACAGUAGAUUCACAAGUUUAGAUAGAGGUGACUGCGGUACAUUGAGUAGAGAAGAUUUCCUUCGUAUACCAGAACUCGCCAUUAAUCCUCUGGGAGAUCGAAUCGUUAACGCUUUUUUUGAAGAUUCUACAACCAGCGAUCGUGUAAACUUUAGGCAAUUUAUGCAAGUAUUAGCCCGAUUCAGACCUAUAAAGAAGAGUAAAGACAAUAGAUUGAAUUCGAGAGAACAGAAAUUACAAUUUGCAUUCAAAAUGUACGAUUUAGACGGCGAUGGUAAAAUCUCCAGAGAUGAACUUCUUGCCAUAUUGCAUAUGAUGGUUGGUGCGAAUAUAAGCGAAGAACAAUUAACAUCGAUUGCCGAACGAACGAUACUCGAAGCCGAUCAAAACGGUGACCAAAUGAUCUCGCUGGAUGAAUUCUGUAAAGCUUUAGAAAGGACUGAUGUUGAGCAAAAGAUGUCGAUACGAUUUUUAAAUUAAAUCCGUUGCCAAAGAGUUACCCUUACCAUUACGUUCAAAACGAAACAUUCCCUUCAGCAGCUCGAUGUGCAUUAGUUCCAAUAAUUUUUAAAAACCUAUUCAAGUUUGUUGAAAUAUGUAGUUAAAACAGAAAUGGGUAUCUGAAUUUAUUUUCCAAUUUACUAACGACGGAAUCUCAACAUAUCACAGCUACUGUACAUAUAGGUAUUAUAAAAUAUCUCCAUUUUUAAUCGUUAUAAAGACAGGUUUUUGGCUAUUUUUUAUCAAUGUACAUCUUAAAAACCUACCUAUGCAUUGCUUUUAAUUAAAGGCAAAUGUAUCAUUUUUAUUUAUAGGUAAUUUUCCUUAAUAUUUAUUUAAAUAAUUUAUCAAACAACGUCGUUGAUAACGUGAUACAAUUAUGUAAUUUUUUUUUAAUAAAUAAAUAAAACAUACAAUAACAAAAUUUCAAUACGA